AUGGGUGAAACCGUACUGCCUAUCGUCGAGGAGACCGCUCCCCAAGAAACAGAACCCCCUAUAGGUGGUUUAAAUGGGCUAAAUUCAUCAUCUCAACACCACGGGCAACACCAGCCGAAGAGCGCAGGCGACACUCCAUCGCCGCUGCACGCUCCGCACACCCUCUCCUUCGAAGAAGUUGCAGAGGCUCUGCGCGUAGACAUCCACCAUGGACUCAGCACUGCUGAAGCGGAAUCCCGCCUCGGGCUCUAUGGACCUAACAAGGUUAAGGGAGCUGAGGGGCUUUCCAUGUGGAAGAUUCUCAUGAGGCAGAUCUCGAACAGUCUUACUUUCGUCCUCAUCAUCGUCAUGGCCAUUAGCUUUGGCAUUGACGACUACAUUGAGGGCGGUGUAAUCACUGCAGUCAUCCUCCUCAACAUCAUCGUUGGUUUCUGGCAAGACUAUCGUGCUGAAAAGACCAUCGAGUCUCUUAAGAAACUCACUGCCCCAGAGGCUACCGUUAUUCGAAAUGGCAUGCCUGAUCAAAAGGUCAAGGCGACAGACCUUGUACCUGGUGACAUUGUGCAACUCAACGUAGGAAGCAUUGUCCCUGCCGAUCUCCGCCUCAUCGAUGGUAUCAACGCCUUUACCAAUGAAGCCUUCCUCACGGGUGAAUCUCUCCCCGUCGAGAAGACUCCUGAAAAGAAGUUCGACGACGCUGAUAUCGCCACCGCCGACCGCACCAAUCUUGCCUUCUCCGGAAGUGAAGUCACUUCGGGUCGCUGCCGCGGUAUCGUCGUCGCAACUGCUAUGGACACUGAAGUAGGCCAGAUUGCUACCAUGCUUCGUCAGAAGAAAGACGACAAGUCGCAAUCUCAAGGCUUCUUCGCCAAACUCACUUGGAGGUUUGUGAACGGUGUGAGAACGAUUCUUGGUCUGGUAGGAACACCACUCCAGAUCACUCUCAGCAAGUUCGCUCUUCUCCUAUUCGGUCUCGCCAUCCUCCUUGCCAUCAUUGUGUUCUCUGCGAGCAAAUGGGUCAUCGGCGGCGAAGUCCUGAUCUACGGUAUCUGUGUAGCUGUUGCGGUCAUCCCGGAAUCGCUCAUUGCCGUCCUAACCAUCACCAUUGCGGUUGGUGGAAAGGCUAUGGCCAAGGCCAAUGUCAUUACUCGGGUCCAGUCUGCCAUCGAAGCUGUUGGAGGUGUCACCAACAUUUGCUCUGACAAAACUGGUACUUUGACUCAAGGACGCAUGGUCUCAAAGAAGGCCCUCAUCCCAGGUGUCGGUACAUUCUCCGUGGACGGCAUCACAGAUCCCUUCAACCCAGGAAGCGGCAAUGUUUCGCUUGAUGGCCAGGUCCUCGCCUUGGAGGCAUACAGACCUGAUGCUGUGCUUACUCGCUUCCUUCGCACCGUCGCUCUCUGCAACAAUUCCAAAGUCCUACCUGCGCAGGACGCUGAAACAGAGACCAGAAGCGAGAAGAAGACUGGCCUCGACCGCUACAACAGUGACAACAAGAGCGAGACAGACACUUCUUCCAUCGACUCAAUCUCCCGGCCACCUACUGCUAUCCUUGCCAACCCCUUGACUGGACCAUGGAAGGCGCACGGUGAACCGACUGAGAUUGCCUUGCAUGUUCUCGCAUCACGUUUCAACAUGGGCAAGGAGAAUUUGUUAAACUCACUAAACAUAUCUCUCGCCACAGAGUUUUCUUUCGACUCGACAGUCAAGAAAAUGACUGUCGUCUACAGAGACAACAACAACCACAACCUCGAUGUCUACACUAAGGGAGCCACUGAAUUCAUGCUUCCUGUUCUCGAUGUUACCGACCAAGAGCGUGAGGGUAUCUUGCAGGCCGCCGAAUCAAUGGCGAAUGAAGGCCUCCGAGUGCUCUGCAUCGCCCACAAGACACUCCUCCCUGGCACCGACAUCCACGAACGUGCCUCGGUCGAGUGCAAGCUCAACUACAUCGGUCUUGUCGCCAUCUACGAUCCGCCUCGUCUCGAGACCAAGGGUGCUGUUCGCGAGUGUAAGGUGGCUGGCAUCACCGUCCACAUGCUUACGGGUGAUCAUCCGGGUACAGCUCGAGCCAUCGCUCGUGAUGUUGACAUUAUCAACGACUCCACCCCCGCUUCCGCUGUUAUGAUAGCUCGCGAGUUCGACGACAUGACUGAGGACCAAAUCGACGCAAUGGAGACACUUCCCCUCGUCAUCGCUAGAUGCAGUCCCAAGACCAAAGUCAAGAUGGUACAGGCCCUUCACCGUAGGCAACGCUUCUGCGUCAUGACUGGCGACGGUGUCAACGACUCGCCUGCCCUUAAGCAAGCCAACGUUGGUAUGGCCAUGGGUACUGGUAGCGACGUCGCCAAAGACGCGGCGGAGAUGGUACUGACUGAUGACAACUUCGCGUCCAUCGUCAAGGCGGUUGAAGAAGGUCGACGUCUCUUCGACAACAUUCAGAAGUUCUUGAUGCAUCUUCUCAUCUCCAACAUCGCUCAAGUCAUUCUCCUACUGAUCGGCUUGGCCUUCAAGGAUACCGACAACCAUUCUGUCUUUCCCCUGUCGCCUAUUGAGAUUCUCUGGGUGAAUCUGAUCACGUCUUCCUUCCUUGCCAUCGGCCUCGGUCUUGAGGAGAAGCAGGAAGACAGCAUGUUCCGCCCCCCUCACGAUGUCAAAGCCGGUGUCUUCUCCAAGGAACUCAUCACGGACAAAUUCAUCUACGGCUUCUUCAUGGGCGCGCUGUGCCUCUUCUCUUUUGCUAUCGUAGCCUAUGUCGGCCCCGGCGGCGGCAAUCUAGGCUCCGGCUGCAACGAAAGCUUCAAUGAGACGUGCGAUGUCGUGUUCCGCGCGCGCGCCACAACAUACACGACCAUCACCCUCCUGCUUCUCGUCACUGCCUGGGAAGUCAAGCACUUUGCGCGCUCGCUGUUCAACAUGUACCCCAACACGGACCAGGGUGCGCCGCGCGGGCUCUCGGUGUUUCCUACGCUGUGGCGCAACCGCUUCCUCUUCUUCGCCGUUGUGGCGGGCCUUGUCAUGAUGUUCCCCAUCGUGUAUAUCCCCGUCAUCAAUGAGAAGGUGUUCAAGCACGGGGCCAUUACCUGGGAGUGGGGCGUCAGCUUCGGCUGCGUCGUGCUGUACAUCUCGGCGAUUGAAACUUGGAAGAUGAUCAAACGCCGCUGCGGUAUCUGGUCGGGCGCGCACAAGGUUAUCUCCAGGGAGGAUGCGGAGGCUCGGGCGGGGCUUGAUGUCAUGGCUGUGGCGCCCAUGAGCGAGAAGUAG